AUGGUGCCAGUUGGGGGCCAGAAUUAUAAAAUCACUUAUUGCACCACUCUGAACGAGUACGACGCGGCUGGCCUCGACCCACAUUCGGCAACACUGAUGGUGCUCUUUUUGGUUGAGACUCUUAGCACCCUUAUUGGUGUUCCACUUGAUCAGGUCUUGGCAUUUCUAUUUGGUUUCCUCUUGAAAACUUAUCUGCCUCCGCAAAAGCAUACAAUCACACAGCGACAUCUCACAGAAGUCGUUAUUGGCGUCACUGUCAUGUAUUUGUGCUACGAAGAGUAUGUGUCUUGCCUUAAUUAUAGCAUUAUUAGACGCGUCAUGCUGUUGUUUUUACAGGCUAUGCCAACUUACCUUUUGAUGAUUGUUCUCCCUCCCCAUAUCGCUCAAUACGCUGUUCUUCUCUUUACCAUGACUUUUCUUUCAUGGAUUCACAUUCAAAGGCUAGAUUUUACAGAAGCAAGACAGCAAUCUGUUGAUAUCACUGCACCUUUAAUGAUUCAAACACAAAAGCUCUCAUCUCUCGCCUUUAAUCUAUACGAUGGUGAUAUUCUGACUGAGGGCAGAAGUGUUUCAAGAGAGUCUCACAGAUUGCGUGCAAUAAAAAAUCUACCAAUGUUGCUUCCCUUCUUUGGGUACCUUCUCUGCUUCCAAAACUCGAUGGUUGGACCAUUCCUUUUCUACACCGAGUAUUUAUGUUUUAUUGAAGGCCGCGAAGAAGACCUAUUUAGUGAUCCAUUGGAUCGGGAACUUGUAACAAAGAAUAAGAAACAAAUCCGUGAUGCAAAGGCAGCUCUUAGGCGACAAGCAAUUGCGUUUCUUUUUCACGUCCUUCUCACCCUUUACGCGUUGAGUCGCUAUGGACCGGAGUAUCUCAUUUCCGAAGAGUUCCAACGAUUGGGCAUCUUCCGAAAGUACUUUUGGCUCACUCUGUACGGUUUUUAUCUCAGGCAAAAGUUCUACUGCGCCUGGUCAAUUAGUGCAUUGGCGAUGUUGAUUUCCGGAUUCGGCUUUUCGGGAUUUUCAUCCAACGGCACUUUGGAGCCGGAGUAUCGCAACGCUAUUAACGCUCGCUUCUUCGAUCUGGGGACGAACACGAAGGUGAUGCUGGACAACUGGAACAUUGGCACGACUCGGUGGCUACGCGAGUGUGUCUACGAGCGCGCGCCCAGGCGCUUCGCUGUCGUCGCGGUUUUCUUCGUCUCCGCCUUCUGGCAUGGCUUUUACCCCGUCUACUACUUCUGUUUCCUCUCUGCAGCUCUCCUUACCAUGACUGGAAGGCUCUGUCGAGCGCGGUUACGGCCCUGCUUCAUUGAAAGCUACUGGUACCACCUUCUUUACGACAUUGUCACCAAUCUCGCCGCACUUUUUUCUCUCAACUACCUCGGAAUGGGCUUCUUCCUUCUCGACACCUCACUGGCUUUCAAGCUGUGGGGGAACUUCUACUACCUGGGACACAUUGUACCACUGUUGAUGCUCUUCCUUCUGCCCUACGCCUUGCCAAGCACCACAAGCGAGCCUAGGAAAGGUGUGGUGGACGUGACGUAUGAGUUGAAGUUGGACCCUGCCUCGGGCGCCGCCACUGUGACCAGCGGUCAGAGUGGAGAGAAGCUGGACUAG